UUACAGUGUUUUAACGCCUGCGCAUAAAUAUUUGGAAUUAAUUCCAGGUGUUAAAAUGAGAAUUUGCACCAUGAGGACACUAUCCCGAGGCGUGCUGUUUUGCAGCAUUGCCAUUGUCACCGCGGCGUGGAACAAUGAGCAAAAACUGAAAACCAAACGUCAAGAAGUCUUCACUUCACCUUUUAAGUUAAAUAAUGGGAUAAACGGUGUAGCUAGCUUUGCUGAUGUUACAUCAAGAAACGGAAAAGUUUCAACGCUUAGUGGAGUCAAAUUAUUUCCUACAAUGAACCGACCAAUUAACGUUGGCAACAGUAACGCGAGGCAAUUCUUUUAUCCAAUAACGGUUUCUAAAGAGAGUGAUGGAAAAUUCGCAAGCAACAGCAUACAAAUCUAUCCUGAAUCAGUAGUUGUAUCAGCAAGAUCUGGGUACGGACCGAAUAUCAAGCCAUGGCCUGGAAAAAUUAAUGUACCAUUCGAAGAAGAUAUUUUCAACCACCCUGAUCUAGAACCAUUCAAUGUUCCGAGACAUUUAGAUGCCUGGUUUCCUAAGGAUAUAUUUAAACCUGUUGUACCACCGACUAUUGAUCACUUCAGAAAUAAUUGGCUCUAUCCAACGUUCAAUCCUUUUGUCAAUAUAUGGCGUUAAUUAU